AUGUCCAAGUACAACUCGCCUCAUUUCUUAGGGUUCACAGCUCAAGGAGACGAAAAAACGAACAACGAGGUCGACCUUCGUGAGGUGUUUGACUUUGCUACCGGGACACCUGGCAAGACGAAGUACAUCCGUGGACCAACUGACCGAGAUUAUAACGUCUUGGUCGGUCAGAACCAAUGGCCCGACCCUAAUGUCGUCGGAACAGAUUUCCAAGACACUAUCAUGGAGUACAUGAGUUGCAUGCGCGAUGUGUACCGCGGAGUGCUGACACUGCUUGAGUCUGCUUUGGGGCUUCCCAGAAACUCCCUUCUGGAACUGGACUCACCAUCCACUCAGCACAGGCUGAAGCUUGUGAAGUACUUUCCAACACGAACAUCUUACGGACCUACUGGGUCUCAAGGCGUUGGGGCACAUCAAGAUGAGACCGGAUGGUUGACAUUUGUCAAUGAAGUCGACAAGCCAGGCCUGCAAGUACAUAUGCGCAACGGCACUGAGUGGCUCGAAGUUCCAAUUGGGAAGAACGGCUGGGGUCUGAAUGUCGGAAAAGCUUUCGAGCGCGCUACAUGUAGCCUCAUCCACGCUACUUUACAUCGAGUUCAGUCUCCACCCGCUAACUCGACACCUCGUCAUUCCAUUGUGUUCUUUGCUGGUCUGCCGCUUGAGCAAAGCUACACCUCCUUGCAGGCGAUUUUCGCACAGUCAAAGAUACUGAUGGCUAUGAAACAUAGAGAUGAUAACCUGUCUAGCACCGAAUAUCUACAAGAACUGGGAAAACUUGUGGUAGGAGAAGGUGCUGACGAUACCUUCGGUAGCUCUCAGCUGAGCAUGUGGCAGAGAUCGUAUAAUACGAAGCCAAGAGCUGCCAAUGCGACGGGAUAA